GGUUUAAGGACUCAGAAUAGUGGUGUGAUCGUUGUAGGAGAAAAUGGUAUUGAUGUUGAGAGCAUUGAUUACUAUGGGGUGCUCGUUGAGGUUCUUGAAUUGCAAUAUCUUAGAGGAAAACGGGUAGUUUUAUUUCGUUGUAAAUGGUGGGAUGUAUAUGAUAGACAAAGAGGAGUUAAAAUAGAUGAAUAUGGGAUUGUUAUUGUUAAUUUUCAUCGUAUUCUAAAAACGAAUGAGCCCUUUGUCUUGGCCAGCCAAGUUUCCCAGGUUUUCUAUGCCAUUGAUAAUAAUAACAAGGGUUGGCAUGUUGCGAGAAAAGUACAACCCCGUGACACAUAUUCAAUGCCAUUGGAAAUGGAAGAUGAUGUUGAAAACCUAGACCAUUUAAAUGCAGCAGUUCAAGAUGCUUUAUCAUCUUCUCCUAAUUUUGUUCCUACAACUAUGUCUAGUACCGAAGGUGAAAUUAGUUUGGUAAGAUGUGAUAUGGAGCAAAUCUCAACGAGUGAAAGUGCACCAAAACAGACAAAAAAAACGAAAAAAGACAUCUUUAGUGCAGGUCAAAAUGAAUUUAAAUAGGCUUGGAAUGGGAAAGUCGACAAAGCCAAUAUUCAUUAAACCGGGCAUUCUGGGUAGGGGGCUUGGACAAGGGCUAAGUCCAAUGCUCUCUAAUAACACUAUGGUGCCUUCAAAGUUUGCUACAAUGCAUGAAAGUGCCAAUUUGGAAUCCGGUGGAGGACUUGUAACACGUUCCUGGGACUAUACUAUGGAUACGAUGAACCAAAUGAAAAGGAAAAAAACAGAUAGCAUGGACCAAAUGAAAAGGCAAAAAACUGAUAAGGAACAUGCUGAAGAUGGUAGAAAAAGACCGAACAACUUGAAUGACAUGUCUAGAGGCAGCGGACUUGGAACGCCUUUGUGUAACUAUACUAUGGGUAUAGAUGCCUCAUUUUAUGAAAAUGAUGAUUGGGAAUGUGAUAGCAUGGAUCAGAUGAAAGAGCAAAAGACAAACAAGGAAUGCGCUGAAGAUGAUAGAAAAAGACUGAAUAGUUUGAAUGGCGUGUCCAGAGG